UAUUUGGAGGCAGCAAUAGUUAUGCUUUGACAUGACGUGCAACAGUAUGCAUCCGCCGGUCAUAUUUUCAGGCACUUGCCAGGCGCUUCUUUGCCAGCAGCUGGAGGAGUUUAUUGCGCGCCAAAACGACAUGCCGCACGGGGCUGGAUUCUGGGAGCUUCUGUGCUGCGUCUUUCUACAGAUUAACUCGGAAAAGUCUCUGCACGGUCGUGUGAGCGUUGCAGCAACCCCAACGAAACUUGCUCACGUGCGCCACCAUCGAUUUGGAAAGAAAACCGCGCCAUUUGCCCCUUUUGUUAAGGCAAUUAAUGGAUUCCUUUGUUCAUUGACAGGUUUAUCGGAUGACGCGCUGAUGGCCAUUGUCAUGAAUCGCUGCUAAUGGGAGUCCUGCUGGAAUAAAAGCCCUUGCGCUUUAGCUUGCCAUGUCAUUUGUUCGGCAUGGACAGGCGGCAAUUGAGGCACUGGCUGAGGCGGAUGUCAGCCUGGACGUGGAGGAGACUGCUGGCCUGGCUACCAGCAGUGCUGCUUGGCUUCAGGAGCUACUGCAAUCGACUGCGAGAGAUGGCUGAAAUAGCCGGAGCCGAAACGGGCGUGCUGGCCAUCAGUUUAAUUGUUAACCGGCAGCUGCACAUCUCGGAGCGUGCCGUCUGGCUGUUGGUGGUGCUGGGCAGCAUCUACGCGGCGAUCAGGCUCAGUGGGUUGCAGUACGAGCGGUACCUCAGCUCACCCACAGUCAUAUCGGUGGAUAGGGAUUAUCGCGGCUGGAAUGGAUCGUUGCCGGCGGUGACGCUGUGCUACUACGACCACAUCGACUCCUUCAAGGCGAACGAGUACAUACAGGAUGUGUGGAAUGUGUCCAUCAUUGACGAGGAUUACUUUUACUUUAUGGACUUCCUCUACGCUGUGGUCAAUGCCACGGCCAGCAACUACGCGGAGCUGGCCAAGUUCGCCGAGGACGAGCGCUUCGAUCAGGUGGAUCUGUACGAGCUGAUGCAGCGCGUGGAUCGACCCUUUGAGCAGGUCAUCAGCAGCUUCGAUGCCAACUUCAAGGUCCAUGUCCAAAUGGUGAUGACAGAGCGCGGCUCCUGCUAUGCCAUCAACUCGCCCAUGUCCUCGGUGCUGAGUGGAAAACCCAUUGUCUAUGAGGAGAUGGAGCAGCCGCUCUCGUGUCAGUAUGGCAAGCAGCAGUGCUACAUACGCAUGGAUCUGUACGAGAGCACGGGCGUGUUGGACGUGCACUCGCCGUAUGAGGUAUCCGCCACAGAGGCGAACAUUGUGGCGUUGCACAAAUCCGAUGAGAUAACGGCCUCGUUCAAGGUGCUCGAGACGGUGGCGUCGAAAAAUCUCCACCAACUGAGCGUGGCACAGCGCAAAUGCGUGUUCAACAAUGAGGAAACAUCCAAUCUAAAGAUCUAUAGCAAAUCUCUUUGCCUGGCUCGCUGUCGCGCUGUCAUGGCACUGGAAAUGUGCAAUUGUGUGCCCUUUUUCUACCAGUUUGUGGAGGGACCUAGCUGCAAUCCGGCGGGAUUCGAGUGUCUGCUGGACUUCAAGUGGCCCAUUUGGGCGCUGCACAUCUGCAAGUGCCCCUCGACCUGCACAGAGAUCGAGUACACCAUGCAAACGGUAAAGAAGAGCUCGUGGGGCGUCAAAAACAACGACGAGGUGGCCAGCAGUGAGACGGCCACGUCCAGUUUCCGCUGGGAUUUGAUACCGCCCAAGGUGCGACUGCGUCGUGAUGUUGUCUACAGCUUUGAGGAUCUCAUUGUGUCCUUUGGCGGCGCCUUGGCCUUCUUCGUGGGCGUCAGUGUGCUGGGUCUGGUGGAGAUGGGACAUGUGAUUCUACACAAUGUGCUGCUAGAUACUACCAUGCUGGUGCGCUGGAUCUACGCUCGGGCUAGACGGAACAGAGCCAGCCACAGAGCGGUGGCGCAGCAGCAGCAGCAGCGUCUCUCGUUGGCCGACACAGCGGAACUGCCGCCGUUUGACUAUGUGAAUUGAUAAGCGACCAAAGACAAACGACAAUUAGUUUGCCACCCAAAUGCGGUCAAGAGUUUAAUGUUACAAAGCGGAGGGCUCUGGCUGUGCUGCUUUUGGGGCCAUAUGCUCUGGGGGUUGGUAGGUAGAAAACGUUGUAGCCGGCAUAGACAUAGCCCAGUUGCCGCUCAGUCUUCAACGCGAACAGUUGUGUAUGUGGGUCUACAGUCAGAGCAGCUCCACCUCCCUCUUGUUGCCGUGAUUUACAGACACAGAUUUAAGGUUUCUCCCCCGCGAAUGUAAGAGAAUGAAGGUGUGAUCGCAGAGAUAUGCAAAUACAUUGUGGUCGUGCCACAUAAGAUAAGAUAAGUGCCUGCCCCAUCCCCGUGCGUGCGAUAAGCCCCGCCAGCAGACAAACCAAAUAUAAAGAUACAAACGAAACGAGAUCCCCC